AUGGGAGAGGAAUGGUGCAAAAUCAUAUCUUCUUCACUACCUUGUCUUCAAGUCUUGAGCUUGUCACGGUGUCAUCUCUCAGGUCCUCUUUGCUCUUCUCUUGAGAAUCUCCAGUCAAUUUCGGUGAUUAAUUUGAGUGAGAACUAUUUGUCUGCCCCAGUUCCAAAUUUCUUUGCAAACUUCACCAAUUUGACAGAAUUAUAUCUCACGGAUUCUAAUUUGCAAGGAACAUUUCCAGAAAACAUCUUCCACGUACCAACUCUACGUAAGCUUGACUUAGGGGUCAAUGACUUAUUUCAUGGUUAUUUUCCAGAAUUUUCCCAGAAUGGAGCUCUCCAGACCUUGAUUCUUCGCUACACAAAUUUUUCCGGGGGAUUACCAAGUUCUAUUGGUAACCUUCGGAUGUUGUCCGUGAUAUAUGUUUUUAAUUGUAGCUUCACUGGACCAAUCCCAGGUUCAUUUGCAAACCUUACUCAACUUGUUCUUUUGGAUUUGGCUUACAACAUGUUUACUGGUCCAAUUCCAUCAUUUUCGAAGAAUCUCUCCAUCAUAUACUUGGACCAUAAUUCACUCAGUGGAACCAUUCCAUCAUCUCUUUUGAAUAUUCCAUCGCUGACACAAAUUGAUCUUUCAUUUAACAAAUUUGAUGGUCAAGUUGAUGAAAUUUCUAAUGCUUCCUCCUUUCUACUAGAGUUCAUCAAUUUGGGAAGUAACCAUUUACAAGGGUCGGUUCCCAUGUCUUUCUUUCAACUCAGAAGGCUUACUGUCCUUGUACUUAAUUUCAACAACUUCAAUGGUUCAAUACAACUGGAAAAUUUUUAUAGGCUGCGCAAUCUUUCCCUCAUUGACCUUUCAUACAACAGCUUGUCAAUCCAUACAAGUAGUGGCAGUGGUUCAAACUUGUCUUCGAUCCCCCAGUUUGAAGGAUUAUAUUUGGCUUCUUGCAAGUUGGAAAGUUUUCCUGAUCUAAAGAACCAAUCUGUACUGGCCGAGUUGGACCUUUCUGACAACCAAAUUUGGGAAGUUGGUAAUGGAAUAUUCUAUCACUUGAAUCUCUCUCACAAUCUCCUGUCUUAUUUUCAAGUACCCUAUUUUGUUCAAGCUUUCCUUGGUCUCCUUGACCUACACUCUGACCAGUUCCAUGGGAAAAUCCCAAUACCAGGAAUAUUUGCUGAAUACACGGACUUCUCAAGCAAUAGUUUCAGCUCUUCUAUCCCUCCUACUAUUGGUAAUUUCCUCACCAAUGCUUAUUUCUUCUCUCUUUCAAAUAAUAGCAUCAUCGGAAACAUUCCUCAAUCAAUAUGCAAUACAAAAUACCUUCAAGUUCUAGAUUUAUCUAAUAAUGUUUUGAAUGGCACAAUACCAUCAUGUUUGAUCAAAAGGAGUACUAGUACUCUUGGAGUACUGAAUCUGCAAAAUAACAUAUUUAGUGGAAAAGUUCUGAGUUUGUUUCCCAACAACUGUAGUCUACAGACAUUGGAUCUCAGUGGUAAUCUUUUGGAAAGGCGGGUUCCGAAAUCAUUGUCAAACUGCAGAAGGAUGGAAGUUUUAAACGUCCAUUCAAGUGCUAUUAAGAUGUGUGGGAGGCAAGUAGUUGGUCACAACAGAGAUGUGAGGAAAAGUCAAGGUCGUCCUAAUCUCCACAAGGGUGAGAAGAUGACUUUCCAUUACCAACCGGUGGUUUGUGGGCGGUUGCUAAAGGUUGCUGAAGGAGAUGUCAAACUUGGAAUUUUUUAG